AUGGCUCCCGAGCUCCCUCUGUCCCGGGUCAAAUUGACCUAUCCAUUGAAUGCGGCCGACUUUGACCCCUCCAACCAAGACUUUCUUCUUGUUGGUGGAGGAGGAGGAUCCUCUUCGACCGGGGUUCCCAAUAAGAUCUCUCUAAUCGAUACAUCUCCCCGAGAGCAGCUAAGAGAAAUCGUUGAUGUCGAAUUAGCAAAGAAUGAAGAUUCUGUCACCACUUUGGCCGUCGCGACAUCCUCCAACUCGGCUUUGACUGCUUUCGCAGGAAUCAACAGUUCAGCCGCUGAUCAAGCAGCUGGAAAGAACGAGCACUUGCGAUCAUUUCGUAUCGGUCUACCCGCAAGAAAGAGAAAGGCAGAUGGAACUACUGUCGAGGUCCAAGAAAAGACUCCCGCAGCUGGGAGCGGCACUUAUGCCCUUGGUCGCAAAGCAGUCUUUACAUCUGCCAAGGGAAGCAAAAAUGACACAUAUCAGAGAGUCCUGCGGUUUUCUCCAUAUCGGAAAGGGUCUCCUGAUCAGCGACUCGCGGCCAUAGCCUCUGGAUUGGCCCCAGAAAACGAGAUCGUUGUUUUCCGACCUGUAUCGAGUCCAGGUCCGAAGGAUGAGAUAUCUCGCAUCAGAUUGGGUAAGCGUGAAGCUGCGGACCUCGAUCUCACAAGCAGUAAGGCGUCGCCUGAAGACUACCUACUGGCGUAUUGUACCGAUGACGAGCUCUUCAUUCAGCAAUUACCUAGCAAGCUACCGUCCAAGGUGGCUGCACCACGCCUUCUCUACCAGACGAUGGAAUCUACCACCAGUCUACCUUCAAACAAGAGACCCAAAUUUCGAGCUCUACGCUUUCUGACGCCCCAUCAUCUUCUCCUAGUCCAGAAUGCGCCCAAUAGGACAGGGGUCUUCCUCCUGAUUCUCAAAAUUAACAAGGACUAUUCGCAAGCUCAGAUCACUAUUCGCAAGAGGCUCAGCAAAUCCAUCAAAGCAGCUGUGGGUCUGGACGUCUGCACCCUUACAGAGUCUGAACAAGGCGAGAAACAGUUCGUCAUAGCUGUCGCAAGUCAGAGUAGUUUCAUCGAACUUCUGACGAUCGAUUACUCUUCAGAUUAUGGUCUGGCGGCCUUUCGUCCUUACACCGUGCUCGAAGAAGUCCACAACGGUCCCUUGACAAGACUGGUACUCUCCAAUUACAAUGGUCCUUCAUCACCCGUGGCCAAAGAUGCUGGGCCACAAUCCAUUCGCCUGGCUUCGGUCGGAGUGGAUCAAUUUGUCACUGUACACUAUCUUCCACUCCGUCCACUACCUGCAACAAAGAACAAAACUCCGCGAUAUGUCCUUAUGCUACCUAGCAGAUUUGAUUCCAUUCAAACCAUAUUCAGUGCCGUAGUUGCACUCAUGAGUGUCGCAAUUGUCGCACUACUCUUGCAGGCAUUCUGCGAAAUUCGGGGUGCUAGUCCACCCAUACUUGGUGCGACAGACUGGCUGUCUCCUAGGGUUCAAAGUUAUAUCGCACGUCCAUAUUAUUUUGCGGAAAGUAUCCCACACGCACAAACACAGGUUUCUCUUGCAGCGGAAAGCGUGACCCAGAAGUUGAAGGACGUCCAAACACAAAUUCCGGGUGUCGACGAUGUCAAAACCACCGUCGAAGACGUCAUCUCCGAUGUGAAUCAGAAGUUAGCGGACCUGGUGGAAACCAACUCGGAAUUGGAAACCCCCAAGGCCAUCGUCGUUCGAGACGCGGGUGUUGGUGAGAUCUCGACCGAGUUGCACCACGAUGCAGAGUUGAUCAAGGAGGAAGCACUGAAGAAGUGGGAGGAGCUCAGUGAUUCGCAAAAGAAAGGAUGGAAGAGAAAACUCAAGGAUGCAGGUCACUGGGCUGAAGGCCAAGGUGAGAGUAUCCUCAAAGGCAUUUUGUUCUCUGAGUUGGCUGGUGCUGUCGGUGAAUUUGUGCGAGGUGCGUAG